AAAAAAAAAAAAAACCGAUUUUUCCCCCCAAUUGUAUCUGCCUCAUUUUCGAUGAUUCUAUCAUGGAUCCUAUACAAAACCCAAAUCAAGAUUCCAACUUUAUUAAUUUUGGUCUAAAAUUAGGGUAAAAUAACAGAUGUCUUUUAAAGGUUUUAGGUAUUAAGCCAAAAAUAAGUAGAUUUUGAUACUGUUCAUCAGAAAAAGUAGAUCUACCCAAAAACUACACACAUGUGAAACGCUGAAUAAAAAGAUAAGUCUUUUUAGUGGUGGAGCUAAGCUUAAGCUACGUCUCAACAAAAGUCUCUUUCACAUAUUUAUUAAAAGAGAAAAAAAUCGCAAAAAGUUUGAUUUUGCUUGUGAUAUAUAACUUUCUUUCUCUAAAAAAAAUCAUCUUUUUUUUGUAAAGAUAACGUUUUUGAUGUUAAAGCAGUUCAUAAUAUUCUUCUAUCUUCCACCCAUGAAAAAUACCAGAGUUUUUAAUAAAUUUAAGUUUUCAACUUUUUUUUAAAUUGUUGUUGAUGUUCGAAUUUUUUUGAUGUACCUUUCCGUAGUACGUUUUUUUUUUUUUUGAACUUCUUUGUCCUUUUGUAAAACAUCUAUCAGUAGAAGCAACUUGUGAAUUCCUCUAUUGUAAUUGAUUUUGUUUAGUGAAAUUGUUUUAUGACCGAAAUACCCUUAACCGGACUUUGGCUUUCACGCCGGAAAGUAGCCACCUUUCAUGGAGGGAAUCCCGCAGGCGCGUGUGUUACACGUUCCAUAACACGUGCAUUGAAGUAGUAGUAGUAGUGGUGGUGGUGGUGGUGGUCCCUCUAUCCUCCACUGCCAGAUUCUUUUCACCUUUCAUUGUCACAACUUGAGUCAACGCCACUCUUCAUCUUCCGAGUCGCCGAGUUGGAUCGUUUCUGACAUUUGAAAAAAUUCCGAUUGAGGAAGUUUUCCAGCAGCUAAAAUGUACAAGGGAAGGAUUGACAACGCAGGAAGGGGAAGACAGGAUUGUGAUAUUUGGCCCCAACAAGCUCGAAGAGAAGAAGGAAAGCAAAAUUCUGAAGUUUCUGGGGUUCAUGUGGAAUCCGCUUUCAUGGGUUAUGGAAGCUGCAGCUCUCAUGGCCAUUGCUUUGGCUAAUGGUGAUAAUCGACCUCCGGAUUGGCAAGAUUUUGUGGGUAUUAUCUGUCUGCUUGUUAUCAACUCCACAAUCAGUUUCAUUGAAGAAAACAACGCCGGAAAUGCUGCAGCUGCUCUCAUGGCUGGUCUUGCUCCUAAAACCAAGGUUCUUAGGGAUGGAAAAUGGAGUGAACAAGAGGCUGCUAUCCUUGUCCCAGGUGAUAUUGUUAGCAUUAAACUUGGAGACAUUAUCCCAGCCGAUGCCCGUCUUCUUGAAGGAGAUCCUUUAAAGGUUGAUCAGUCUGCUCUAACUGGAGAGUCCCUUCCUGUGACCAAGCACCCUGGUCAAGAAGUUUUCUCUGGUUCAACUUGUAAACAAGGAGAAAUCGAAGCGGUUGUUAUAGCCACUGGAGUUCACACCUUCUUUGGUAAAGCUGCUCACCUUGUGGACAGCACUAACCAAGUUGGGCACUUCCAGAAAGUUCUUACAUCCAUUGGAAACUUCUGUAUCUGUUCUAUUGCUAUUGGUAUAGCGAUUGAAAUAGUCGUCAUGUACCCUAUCCAACACCGAAAGUACAGAGAUGGAAUUGACAAUCUCUUGGUCCUCUUGAUCGGUGGUAUCCCCAUUGCUAUGCCCACGGUCUUGUCUGUGACUAUGGCUAUCGGGUCUCACAGGUUGUCUCAGCAAGGUGCUAUCACCAAACGUAUGACAGCCAUUGAAGAAAUGGCGGGAAUGGAUGUCCUUUGCAGUGACAAAACCGGGACACUAACCCUUAAUAAAUUGAGUGUGGAUAAAAACUUGGUUGAGGUUUUCUGCAAGGGUGUGGAGAAAGAUCAAGUUCUACUAUUUGCAGCUAUGGCUUCUAGGGUGGAGAACCAGGACGCUAUUGAUGCAGCCAUGGUUGGAAUGCUUGCUGAUCCGAAAGAGGCCCGAGCUGGAAUCAGAGAGGUUCACUUCCUUCCAUUCAACCCUGUGGAUAAGAGAACUGCUUUGACUUACAUCGACUCUGAUGGUAACUGGCACAGAGUCAGCAAAGGUGCUCCCGAGCAGAUCCUUGACCUUGCCAAUGCCAGGCCUGACCUUAGGAAGAAGGUACUCUCUUGUAUUGACAAGUACGCUGAGCGCGGUCUUAGGUCGUUGGCAGUAGCUCGUCAGGUGGUACCCGAGAAAACAAAAGAAAGCCCAGGUGGACCAUGGGAAUUUGUUGGCUUGUUGCCUCUUUUUGACCCUCCAAGACACGACAGUGCCGAAACCAUUCGUAGGGCGUUGAAUCUAGGUGUUAAUGUGAAGAUGAUCACUGGUGAUCAACUUGCUAUUGGUAAGGAAACCGGUCGCAGGCUUGGAAUGGGAACCAAUAUGUAUCCAUCUGCGGCUCUUCUCGGUACCGACAAGGACUCGAACAUUGCAUCCAUCCCUGUUGAGGAGUUGAUCGAGAAGGCUGAUGGGUUUGCCGGCGUCUUUCCAGAGCACAAAUAUGAAAUUGUGAAAAAGCUGCAGGAGAGGAAGCACAUUGUUGGUAUGACCGGUGAUGGUGUUAAUGAUGCACCCGCUUUGAAGAAAGCAGAUAUCGGUAUUGCUGUGGCCGAUGCUACAGAUGCUGCUCGUGGUGCUUCAGAUAUCGUCCUCACGGAACCUGGGCUGAGUGUCAUCAUCAGUGCCGUUCUCACUAGCAGAGCUAUCUUCCAGAGAAUGAAGAACUACACCAUUUAUGCAGUCUCAAUCACAAUCCGUAUUGUGUUUGGUUUCAUGCUUAUUGCUUUGAUAUGGGAAUUUGACUUCUCAGCGUUCAUGGUUCUGAUUAUUGCCAUCCUUAAUGAUGGUACUAUCAUGACAAUCUCAAAGGACAGAGUCAAGCCAUCUCCCACACCUGAUAGCUGGAAGCUCAAAGAAAUUUUCGCCACUGGAAUUGUGCUGGGAGGCUACCAAGCCAUUAUGAGUGUUAUUUUCUUCUGGGCUGCUCACAAGACCGACUUUUUCUCGGACAAGUUCGGUGUGAGGUCAAUCAGGGACAAUAACGAUGAACUAAUGGGUGCUGUGUAUCUACAAGUUAGUAUCAUCAGUCAAGCUCUAAUCUUUGUCACCAGGUCAAGGAGUUGGUCAUUUGUCGAACGUCCUGGGGCGCUUCUGAUGAUUGCAUUCGUCAUUGCACAACUGGUUGCAACUUUGAUCGCAGUGUAUGCCGACUGGACAUUUGCAAAGGUGAAGGGUAUCGGUUGGGGAUGGGCAGGUGUGAUUUGGAUUUACAGUAUCGUAACAUACUUCCCACAGGACAUUUUGAAGUUUGCCAUUCGGUAUAUCUUGAGUGGAAAGGCUUGGGCCAGCUUGUUUGACAACAGGACCGCUUUCACAACCAAGAAAGAUUACGGUAUUGGAGAAAGAGAAGCUCAAUGGGCACAAGCUCAAAGGACAUUGCACGGUCUGCAGCCAAAAGAAGAUGUUAAUAUCUUCCCAGAGAAAGGAAGUUACAGAGAGCUGUCUGAGAUCGCAGAGCAAGCCAAGAGAAGGGCCGAGAUAGCUAGGCUUAGGGAGCUUCACACAUUGAAGGGACAUGUGGAAUCAGUCGCAAAGCUAAAGGGAUUGGACAUUGAUACAGCAGGACAUCACUACACUGUGUAGUUGGAGUUGCACAACAACACAAACAUUUACCGAAAACCAACCCCAUCAUGACUCAUCUUUUGUUUUGUCUUCACAAAUCUCUCUUUAAAAGUCAUUACAGUAGAGGGAAGAGAACUCUUGUGUAUUGCCAUAACUCUUCCAAAACUCUUUUUUCUUUUUGUUAUUGUUAGUCAUUGUUCUUAAAACUCCUACUCGAUAUGAGCUUUGCAAAUUUGCCUUUGAAGAAACAAGGCCCUUUGCCUUUGAAGAGACAAGGCACUUUGCUUUUUAAUGGCCUAAUGUGAUUAUUCUAUCACUCUUUUGUCUGUUUGAUCAAUUUCAUCUUGAAGAUAAUAUUUAAAUUUAAUUCUAAAA